AGAACUGCAGCCGUGCUGCUUUAUUUGCAAAAGCAGAGGAGCUGUUGGCGAAGAGAACGGCAGGUGGAGAUCCUCUGGCACAUUUUCUGAAAGGACAACUGUACUACGAAGAGGGAUUGUAUGAAGAAGCAUUAAAACAAUUUGAAAAAAUCAAGGAUACGGAUUUUCAAGCAAUGUAUCAGCUUGGUGUAAUGCAUUAUGAUGGACUAGGCACUAAAGAAGACCCUGAAAAGGGAGUGGAAUACAUGAAGAAAAUUCUCAACUCUGAUUCCCCGAAAGCAAGACACUUGAAGUUUGCAGCUGCAUACAAUCUUGGCAGAGCAUAUUAUGAAGGAUGUGGUGUUAAGCGGUCAACUGAAGAGGCUGAAAGGUUGUGGCUUAUUGCUGCAGACCAUGGGAACCCAAAAGCAAGCGUGAAGGCCCAGAGUACUUUAGGAAUGCUUUAUUCUGUGUCAGUUCUAAAAGAUCUGAAGAAGGCCUUUUUCUGGCAUUCAGAAGCAUGUGGCAAUGGAAAUCUGGAAUCACAGGGUGCACUUGGUGUUAUGUAUCUCUGUGGACAAGGUAUAUGUCAAAACACUAAGGCUGCUUUGGAGUGUUUGAGAGAAGCAGCAGAACGUGGAAACAUCUAUGCUCAAGGCCAUCUUGUGGAAUAUUAUUACAAUAGAAAAUUUUACUCAACAGCUGCUGCAGUAGCCAAAAGGAUUACCGAAAACGAUGACAUCGAUAUGCUAGCAAAGAUAACUGACUGUCUUCCUACAUAUGUAGCCAAGGGGGUUGCUAUGGCUGCUUUCUACUUGGCUAGAUGCCUCCAGCUUGGCCUAGGUGUACAGCAAGAUCAAGCCGCUGCUAAAAAAUACUAUUCUCAGGCAUGCCUUCUGGAUCCUGCUGUUGCUUCUGACCUUGAACUGGCAGCUAAUCUUGGGAGAAUUUAG